GGUUUGAAUCCGACGAGUUUUGGCGGCAAGAGAACGCUGAGAACGGACGAAGACAAGUGCGAAUGCGAAGUAGCGAAGACGUGGACGGUGGACGACACUGGACGAUCAAAGACUGUCAAAGACGUCGUUCAAGAUGGAGAGAAGGGAGUCUUUGCGGAGGCUGUUUCAGGAUUUAGGCUGUAAAGUUGAGAGCGACGUCGUCCUCGAUAAGUGUUUUGAAUUCUGCGAGUCUUACGAUGUGGACGUGGAGAAGCUUACGGAGUUGUGGCUCACUUUUUGCGUCAAUAACAACACCGAUAUCGACCCCACCGUUGACACCUUGGUUAAGAUGGAACGCACGGUAUUGAAGGAUUACAACGUGCAUGACUCGACUAAGGAAGGUCAUGCCAAGCAAGAACCAAUUACAAAGGAAAAACACUUGAUGGCAAACCAAGUUGGUGAAAACGACGAUGUACUUAGCAUGUACGGCUGUGCUGAAAGUGGACCAUCAAAGCGCCCGCGAACAAGUCCCGAGGUAGAAAUCGAUGCGGAUGCACGAGCCGAUAAAGCGAGAGUUGCGGAAUACGCGUUUACACCAGCUAGCUGCGUCGAGAAUUCUAGCGCGCCAAGUCAUCGUAAUGUAACGGACAAGGGGAAGAUCUUGCUUUCCAUCGGCGAGACCGUCGCGUCUUGGAAGAGGACAAGCGAUUACGAUGUCCAAGUUACGAAAUCCGACGAGCCGCAUGUCCCUAGCGACGCGAGGUACAUGUACGAGAUCCUGUCGAAACAAGGACACCUUCUCACGUUUGUAUGCCAGAGUUUGGGCGGCAGACUGUUAAAGACGUGGUCGACGGCGGCGACCGGUAAUACCGGUAACACCGAGCUGCGUUACGUGAAGAACGUACGGAGCGUGAAUCAAACCAACUUUCGGACGUUCGGUCGCAUCAACCUGAAGAAAGAAUCCGCGAACACGGUGAUGCUGGAGGGUAGCACGAGGCGCAAGGGCGCCUCGGCGGCCGACACGAUCGAGCUGGACUUUCGCAGUCUGAAACAAUACUCGGUAUUCUCCGGUCAGAUCGUGGCAGUCGAGGCCGUGAAUCCAAUAGGCGACGCGUUAUACGUGAAGGAGAUAUUCGCGAAAUCGUACGCGCCGCUCGCGUCGACGCCGCGAAUCGAAUCGAGAGUCGAUAUCUUGAUCGCGGCGGGUCCGUUCACCGCGUCCAACAACGUGCAUUACCAGCCAUUGUGGGAUUUGAUGGAGAAGGUCGCGUCAGACGAACCGCAGGUCUUGAUACUGAUCGGGCCUUUCCUCGAAUACACGCAUCCCGAAAUACAGGACAAUCUCAUUAAGGAUACGCAUCAGGAACUAUUCGAGAAGAUUCUCACGAGAAUAAUGGAAUCGACGCGGAAGAGCACGCAGAUCGUGCUGGUAGCUUCUAAUCGCGACGCACAUCACGAACCUAUAUUCCCAACCCCUCAAUACGCAGUUUUCAAUCGGAAGUUGUUACAAAAUUAUUCCAACUUAAAGCUGAUGCCGGAUCCUUGUACGUUGGAUGUCGCGGGCUUGAAGAUCGGGAUCACGUCGGUCGACGUUAUCAAACAUAUCGGGAAAGAAGAAAUAUCCAAUGUGUCAGGUGAUAGACUUGGUCGCCUGGCUGAUCACGUGCUCGCUCAAACGUGUUUUUACCCCGUGUAUCCUCCGUCCGAGGAUCUGAACGUGGACACGGAGUUGUGGGAGAAAUACGCCUUUUUUGACCAGCAGCCGCACUUGUUGAUUUUACCAUCCGACAUGCGGUGUUACUGCAAAGUGAUCAACGAGUGCAUGAUUCUGAAUCCGGAGCGCGUGCACAAGCACGCUUAUGCGAGGCUGAGAGUGAAACCGACCCUCGGCGGUAAAUGGAGUUCCAAUAAUAUCUCGUGCGAGAUCGCCAGAGUCUGAUAGCUUCAAAGUAUAUUUCGAAAACAAUAUUUUGAACGAAUGUUAUAGGAUAUUCGAUGUGACAGUGGUCUCUCGCACCUUUUUAAGAAACAAAAAGUUAUAUUCUUAAAAACUUGAAAGAAAAUUCAAGAUUACUUUUCUAUUAAAGUUUUUCGGUUAAAUUAAACUAUUGUUGCGUCGAAUCCUUAAGUUGUCAAUUAAAAAGGAUGCCUAAUUAUCUGAGAAAUAUUUAUGUAACUUUAGUCAUCGAAUAGUCGAGUAUUUCAUACGGA